UGGCUCCUUACAGGAAGCAUCACAUUUAGGAGCACGAGCUUGAUGUCAGAGCUGAUCUGACUCUGGAUUACAAAUUAGACAUAUUGUAACAUAUUUAUACAAUAUUACCGGCUGUCCAGUAUUCACAAGUCACCAGCAUGUCGUCUUUCAGAAAAGCUUUAAAAUCCCAACAGCGGAAUCAUAAAGAACGAUCGCAGCCCGGUUUCAGGAAACAUUUAGGCUUUCUGGAAAAGAAGAAAGACUACAAACUUCGAGCAGAUGACUACCAUAAGAAGCAGAAUACCUUGGCUGCCCUGCGUAAGAAAGCGCUGGACAGGAACCCAGAUGAGUUCUACUACAAGAUGGUCAGCUCCCAGCUGCAGGAGGGGGUGCAUGUUGCUAACAAGCCCCGAGGAGAGGAGGAGGUGACGGAGGAGCAGCUGAAGGUGAUGAGGACCAGGGAUGCCCGAUACGUGGAGAUGAAGAGGGUUGCUGAGAUCCAGAAAAUUGAGAGGUUGAAAUCGGAACUGCAUGUCCUGGACGCUGAGGGCAGACAGAGAAACCAGCACACCUUCUUCAUGGACUCUGAGAAAGAAGUCCAGCAGUUUGACCUGGCUAGACACCUGGACACAGCCCCAGAGCUGCUGGGGAGGGUGUUUAACAGACCCACCCUCCUAACCCUGGAGACCAAGACUGUCCAGGGAGCAGUGGAGCCUGGCAGUGUGAAGAAACUGGCCCGGCAGCGUAGACACCAAUACCACCUGCUGUCUCAGCGGGUCGACAGAGAGAAGAAGAUGUUCGUCAUCGCACAGAAGAUCCAGACACGCAAAGACCUGCAGGAUAAGACCUCCAGGGUGAAGGUGCAGAAGGAGACACAAAACACCCCCGCUGUCUACAAGUUUGAGACCAGGAGGAAACGAUGAGGCCUCCAUCUCUCCUCCACCUCUCUACCACCCCUCCGUCCCUCCUCCCUCCACCUCUCCUCCACCUCUCUACCACCCCUCUGUCCCUCCUCCCUCCACCUCUCCUCCACGCCUCUACCACCCCUCUGUCCCUCCUCCCUCCACCUCUCUACCACCCCUCUGUCCCUCCACCUCUCCUCCACGCCUCUACCACCCCUCUGUCCCUCCUCCCUCCACCUCUCCUCCACGCCUCUACCACCCCUCUGUCCCUCCUCCCUCCACCUCUCCUCCACCUCUCUACCACCCCUCUGUCCCUCCUCCCCUCCACCUCUCCUCCAUGCCUCUACCACCCCUCUGUCCCUCCUCCCUCCACCUCUCUACCACCCCUCUGUCCCUCCUCCCCUCCACCUCUCCUCCACCUCUCUACCACCCCUCUGUCCCUCCUCCCUCCACCUCUCCACGCCUCUACCACCCCUCUGUCCCUCCUCCCCUCCACCUCUCCUCCACCCCUCUGUCCCUCCACCAUCCGUCUGCCCCUUCCCUCCACCCAUCGGCCACUCCUCCCCACCACCCCUCUGCCCCUACAGCCCCCCCUCUCCCCCAGCCUCACAGGAAACACAUCAUCACCAGAGGCCUGUCUGGUAGCAGGGCACUCUCCCUCCUUUAGUGUUGUACAGAUGUUUCACAAGCUACUGUUUGAUUAUCCUGUUAAAUAAAUAUCUUUGAGAUUAAUUUCUGAGAAUUC